ACAUACGCAGCAGCCUCCUACCAUCUCCUUCAUACUCCCAUGAGCUCCCUCCGGGGCUGGGGCGGGGGGCCGGCCGGCGGGGGUCGGGGGUCAGGGGGGAGGGAGGGAGCGGGGGGCCGCGCGCCUCCUCGCCCCCUCCUCCUCUUCCUCCGCCGCCGCCGCUUCUUUUCUUUGCCUCCUCCUUCCUCCUCCUCCGCGUCCUCCUCCUCCUCCUCCUCGCUCGCUCUGUCUGGCCGCCCCCCCCGCCGUGCUCUCGCCCUCAUGCCCCGACGGGCCCCCCCCACAACAAUGAGACUCGCACGCCGGGCUCGCCCCCUCCGCGCCGCUCGCCCGGCUCCUAAGGCCGCCCCGCCGCCGCGCAGCCCGGGCCCGGCGGGGGAGGCGCCGAGUGGCACAUCGCGGGCGCCCGCCCGCCCCGCGCCGCCCCGCGCCACCCGCUCACGCGCCGCCCCCCCGGCCCCCCUGCCCGGCCGCGGCAGCCAUGGCCGCGCGCCUCCGCUCGCUCGCUCCCGGCCCGCCCGCCGCCAGCCGCCGGGUAAAGUCUUAGGUUCAGGGAACAAAGCCUGGCUUGGUAGGGAGCUUUUCGCUCGUUCGCUCCGUGCUGCUUUGCCUGCUUUCUUUUUCGUUUUAGGGCUCUGGGUCGUCGCUCCCGAGCCCUCCCUCUGCCCGCCCUCCCGUCUCGGGCCCCGGGUCCCCGAGUCUCCAGCCCCCUCCGCCAAGUCUUCGUCUCUGGGUGGGUUCUUCAGCCCCAGGGAAACUUGGGGGUGGAGACCGGGGAAAGGGGCGCUAGGAGGAAUGGGAGCGACGCGGGCCGUUCGCCCCCGCCCCACCCCGUGUCUGGGGGUCUGUUUGGAUGGCCGCCCUCGGGCCCUUUUCUCGGAGGCCACUCUGGAGGGUAGACGCUGUCACACGCAGACACUUAUUCAUUCAACAGAUAUUUAUUAAACGCUCGUUGCCAGUCGCUGGGAUCGAGUAGAGAGCAAAACAUAUUCCUGCCCUCGGGGAGCUUCCUGUCGGGUUCACAGACACACACGCACACACAGGGACUCGGAGCCCCAGAGACACACACCGAGGCACCCACAGACACGAGCUAACUCCCAGCUUCAGUCACACCACUGACCCUCCCAGAGACACGAACCUCCGCUCCAGCCCCGCGCGCGCGCUUAGAGACCCACGAGAGUUAGAGACCCGCAACCAUGAGGUGCUCACGAACACCAGUUACACUUGACCUCUAGGCACGCGCACAGACACACAGCGUAACUCACACGCAGCACUCCAGAGGACUAAAGUCCCUGCAGUUGGGUCUGGGAGAGAAGUGAGGGGCGUCGGCCCAAACGCUUCUUCCCAAGACCUGUGUGGGCAAGAGGGGGGUGAGAUCUGACCCCCCAAAAACUUCCUAAAGGGGGGCGACGCUCGUGGGACUAAAGGUCACCCGCCCCCCACAGCGGGAGUUCGGGUGGCGUAGGGGAGAAGGCAGCCCUGGGGGCUUCAACGACACUUCAAAGACCUCGAGGCCGGGAACGCUUCCUGCGGGGGAGGGGCAAACAGAGAGAAGGGAAGACGGGCCGGGGGACUGGCGGUGGAGGAGGUCGCCCCCCCUUCGGUGCACUGCCCCCUGGCAGACUCUUCCGCCGGGUCCGCCUCCUUUUCACCAGCACCUGUUCAACCGGAACAUCAAGGGCCUGGGGCCCGCCGCGGCCCCCCGUCGGCUCUUUAGUACCUUUCAUCCGGGAAGGGAGGUGAAUCCCCGCCCAGGAGGGGGGAGUAGGGCGGGGGAGAACUUGUCCUUGACCUGGUCUUUGGCAUCAGGGAUUUACUCCCUUAAUCCCGGAGAGGCGGGAUUGUGGGGAAGUCGGGGAAGCUGAGUUCUGGGCUGCAGCCCCCCACCUCCCCUCGCUCCGGUGGACACAGGGAAUCUCGGAGGGCUGCCGGGACGAAGAGGCUACAUCUACACAGGGCGGUGUAGGGGAAGCCGGUCUCUUUGACCUCCGUGCCUGGGAGUAGGGGCCGAGAGCCAGAUUAUUGCGAUGGCCGGGAUCCCGGCGAGGACUGCCGCGCUCCGGUUCCUUGGUCAAAUUUGUAAAUUUCGCUAACACGAAAAGUUAAACAAGACACAGAGGAGAAACUGCACUUAGGGGUUUCUAACGAAUUACCUUUACUAGCAAGAAUAAAACUGCAAGAAUGUUAAACGUAAAAAUGUCAGUCCUAAAUCAUGCACGAGUUUCAGAAUAUUUGAAUAUUUGCUUUUGGGACCCAACGCUGCCAAGGUGGCCGCAGUUUCGGGUUUCGCCGGACGGGGGUUACUAAAAGGUGCCUACGCCCUAGGGGUGGACGACCUGGAGACGGGGACCGGGAAGCCUUUGUCUCAGGUCACCCCGCGCCAGGUUUGUCGCCUAAGUUUAUGGGAUGGACGGGAGACAACACUUGUAAGUUUAGCGUUUUAGGAACAUUGUUUCGUUUAAUCCUACCCACACCCUUUUAGGGUGGGUGUUCAUAUCUCCCAUUUUGUGAAUAGAGCAACUGAGGUUUCGACGGGAAGAAGUGACUCGCCCAAAGUUACUCAGCCUGAAAUUGGCAGAGUCGGGACUUGAACCCAUUCUGUGCCCCGCUACGACAGGGGUUCCGCCACCACGCGUUGGUCGAGAGCGGGUGCGGAGCUAGGAUGUCCGAGCCGCCUCUACCGGCCCAUCCGCAAAUGCUCCCUGCGAGUUCUGGAGAAACCCGGUGCCCCGCGGGCUGGGCUGGAUUCGUGGCGAGUACCCAGGGUCGAGCUGUCAAGUUCAGUCUCAAGCUUCUAUCAUUUAUUUUCCUGAGCGCCCACUAUGUGCCGAUCCGCAAAAAACAAGCAAGAGCAGGAACCAGCCAACAAGUGGUUCAAGUUCACCGCGCUCUCCCCGGAGUAACUGAGCACUGCUUUGGGGUGUCACGCAGACCCUGGCGGUGCGACUUUCGGCGAGUGACUUCCCCUUUGCGAAAUCCGGCUUGUCCCUCUGUAAAUGGGGCGUUAGUACCCCUGGACAGGGGCUGUAGCGAACACCGAACGAAAAUCCUUUUGUAAAGCGUGAAGGCACACAGUAGGUGCUCAAUCCCUGCUCGUGCCCUCUCCGCCGCCCUAUGCGUGCCGGGGCCGCGCGCUCCCGCUCCUGCUUCCCGCCUCCCGCAUCUUCUCCCGUCUCGCGCGUCCCGCGGCGAAGGGACUGGGGCAGAGACGACCAAACAGAAAAUUAUUUCCGCCCGCUCGCCCCGCCCCGCCCGUCCCCGGAGCCAGAAGGGGAUUGUGGGGCCGCCGCGGCCGCCGCCGGAGCCGAGCGGGGCGGAAGCGCGCGUCGCGCUGCUGCUCGGGCCCGACCGCGCCGGCCCGCACCUCCCGGCCCGGAGCUGCGGGCUGCGGUCGGGGCGGUCCCGGGGCCCGAGGCAGCUGCCGCGGGGCAAGUUUCCGCGAAGCCUGGCUCGCCGGUUCCGGGAAUCAAGCGGGGGAGGCUGGAGGAUGUUGAGGUUUCGUUUCUGCCAGCCGACCGGGCGCUUGGUUUCGCAGGUGCCAGGGGUCGGGGGUACGACCUCUCCCUCUGGGCCAUUAGACAGACCCGGGCUCGGAGAAGAGGCUGCGCCAACGCCCGAGGGUUUGCGUUUCCUUCGCGUCUCGUUUGCACACCAUUUUCUCCCCUAAAACCAAAGCUUCUGACCUUGGGGGUGUUCGAAGAGGUUAAGUCACUUUCCCCCAGGUAGUCCAGCCAGCGAAAGGCUUCAGCCAGAAGGGCCUCCUGCCCGAGCGGGGACCCACUAGAGUCAGGCAGACCUAAGUUCGAGUCCCAACCCUGCCACUUUCUUGCUUUGACCAUGGAUUGGUAGUGACUUAUCUGCGACCCUCAGUUUCCCCAUCGCAGACUGCAGUACCAACCUCAGGGCUGAUAUGAGCAGUGACAUGUCAAGUGCCCGGCACAAAGAAGGGUGAUUUCCCCAUUAAAGGGUAUGACUCGGAGGCGAUCUAUCCAGUAGGCCUGGGUGGCUUAGGAGGGUGGGUGUACAGUUUGUUUCCUAAGUCACCCUGUGCGAGAUGGAGGGAGGCUCAGUUUCAGGAGGAACUGGUGGGAGUGAGGGGAUUUCCCUGACAUUAGGAAGUCAGCAGUCAUGAUUAUUGUAAAUAGUGACUCUGCAUAUGUGGGAGUUUGGGCUUUUCAGGUCUUUCUACAGGAAGAACACAGUGCUUAAUAUCAAAUCUUGCCCUCUGCCAUUAGCUAGCAGCCUCAGUUUGCCAAUCGCUAAAAUGGUGAUAGUUGGAUUCCCCCCCCAACCCCCGCCUUACCCCAGUCUACAAGAUUUUGGUAACUCCACCUGGCCAAGGUCCUAGCAAGUGCUUCAAGAGCUGUGAGUGAGCCCAGGUAGUUCCCUGACCAUGUUAGAGCAUCAGGGACCUCCUUUAGGGAGAUAGGAUGGGUAGGAAGGGAACAAGUUCAUGGGAUGAGGUAGUAUCUACCCAAACUUUUUCCAGAGCUGCAUGGACCCUAGUCCCAGCCCUGCCCCUAACCAGCAGUGUGACCUUGGGCAAAGCAGUCACCCUCUCUGGUAUUUGGUCAGGUGACCAGAUCUUGAAAGUCCCCUUUGUGGUAACAUUCUAUAAGUUGAUGACUCUGCUCCUGGGGAAAUUUCCAGGGUAAGCGAUGACAGAUGACUAGCACAUUUGCCCUGCUAUGUUCCACUUUACCAGUUCCUCUUACAGCCUAAUCUUUUUUUUUUUUUUUUUUUUUUGA